UUUAAAUUUUAUAGAAAAACAAAUGCCGGUAAUUCAAUACCCAGAAAAUAUCCAAACAUUCUCCACAACAGUUGGACUUUUAUAUAUUUUUAAUUUAAUUGUUGGUACAGGGGCGUUAACGUUACCUAGAGCAUUUCAAUCAGCUGGUUAUCUUCUUAGUUUAAUUUUGCUUUUAAUUUGUAAAUUUACAAGGUUUUUAAUUUAA